CUAUCCGACCCCCAAGUUUAUUCAGAAGUGGAACUAUUUGCUGCUCUCCUUCUAUCCGGUCUUCAUCUUCUUCAUCCCGCAAUGCCCCAUCUCACCGAGGUUAUCUGGCAAGGACUGGCUGCUCGAGCAUGUCUCAAGUCUGUUAAUGGACUUACCACCUGCCUGGCAACUAAGGUCUUCCCUUCUCCAAGCUGGGUAUGUGCAUACGCCUAUUCACAAUAGAGAUAGCUUAGAUUCGACCACUUAUGAUCUUAGUAUUUCCUUUAGAAAAGCUUAUUUUAUAAGUCCUUUCAUAUGA